AGCAACUUUGUAAUGCUUUAGCCCAAGCGAAUGAUACGAUAUAGAACAAAAGCGUCAUGCCAGCUGACAGGCUGUUGCAAACUUUGUUGAGGUCGCUCCAGACCUACACAGAUCAGCAAGAUACCCCUAGGCUAUUGUCUACAGCCGCUUCGCUCUUAACGACGCUCCACAAUCCACUCAACAUUACAUUGCUCACGUCCCAAUUGCUGUCUGCUCCAGCAAUAUGGCAGCGACCGGAGGGCUUAAAAACGUGUUUGCGUGUUAUGGGUGUUUUUCACUCGGCUCUGCUUGCUGUACUCAAAAAGGAGGAUGAACUAGCAUCGAGGGAUCAGACGCGGGAUUACACCACUUUCUCACCUGUUGAGAACCCUCUGCCAAGAGAAGAAUGGAUGAGAGCUAUAAUCAAAGGCGCUGACGAGCGCUCGUCCAGAUGGCGGCAUUUGAUGGUGCUGGGUGGACUCCUUGUUGGAAGUGGUCCUGUCGAAGACGAACGCCUGUCAUCCUCUAUGCGGAGUACACUGGAGCACGCACUUAUACAGGCUACCAAUCUUGCGCUUCUAGAAGUCCGCAGCAGCGACGAGCUUGGUGCCCAGUGUAUAACCCUGGCACUUAAUCACAGCUUCCCGAUGCUCUCAGACUACGAGCGUUCGCAACUCGACUACGACCUGCUGCUACCGGUUCUUGUGGGCAGCGCGUUCUUUUCGUCGGAAGGUCUGCAGGCUGCUUACUUUCUCGGCGCUAUCGAUCUAGAUGUCGUGGAGUUGCCUAACAAGUCGUUGAAUUGGCCAACAAACUCCAUAUCAUAUGCACAAAUUGAAAAGAUAUUAGGAAGACCUCUGGUCACUUCUUUGGGUCCUUUGGCACGCCUGAUCUCCCACGCCGUGGAGAAUGCAUCCAAUUCAUGGGCAAUCCAGACGAUGAUCGACGAUCUGGCCGGGUUUACAAAGUCUCUGCUCACACAAUGGCGACAAUGCCGGUUGUCCAGCAUCGAUACCCACAUCGAGACGCAGGUGUUUUCUGAGGAAUCACUCAAGACUAGUAUACCAGGACUGUGGAAAUUAUUACGCGUAACACUUUUCUCUCUGGUCAUAGUACUACGUGGUGCCGUUGGACGUAUCCUUAAUGACCCUAUUCUCGCUGCAGAUGCGGUAGCUCCGGUUAUAGUAUGCCAGGUCCUACACAGCUUGCGGCACCUGUACUUCAUUUCAUCACGUUUGGGUACGGAGAGUUUUUCUCAGUACACAUUUGUGUACCUCACAGCAAUCGAUAUUCUGAGCAAUUAUCCAAUUCAAGCUGAUGCUUUCCUGAAAAAGAUUCGGCCCUCUACACUUGGCCAGAUCCCAACUUCGCCACUUGAGCGUUGUCUUGAUCUGUACUUCCUGAAUACGGCGGAGCAUUUCACGCUUGUCUUGUCUGCACAAACGAACGAGGACGUCUUGGUCUCUGCCGCGAUACCAUAUCUGGCUUCAGGUGGGAGUGACUACCUUCUGCCCAUUUUCGAAGCAGCGCAUAGCGUCAUGCUCGCAGUGUUUUCAGCUCCACAAAGUGCGGCCGUAGCUGGCCAACAUCUAGCGUUCUACAUUGACGCACUCUUCAGCGUGUUUCCAGAAAAUCUAUCCCCGCGACAAUUUCGCCUAGCGUUCAAGACGCUUCUGCGUGUUACCGCACCCCCCUCUGCCUUAUCAGCCACCCAACCAGACCUACCGGCGACCCUCCUCGAACUUGUGUACUAUCGUGCAGUGCAUGCUCCCACAUCCCCGCUCCCUCCUAAGCUCACACCUCAGGGCAAGAUUACACCAGACACACAGAUACCACUUUCCGAACAGGCUGUUCUCACUCUUACACUACUGGAUGCUUUACCUUUUCUUCCACUAGAUUUACUCGAAGAAUGGCUCCCUAUAUGCGCUGAUCUCAUGCACAAGAUCACGGACAAUAUGAUGCGCGAAGAAUGCAAGAAGCGUCUCUGGGAUAUUCUCAUUUCAGGCGAGAUGGAUCCGGACCGAUCCCAAGUCUGUGUGGCAUGGUGGAGCACACGCGGAGGUCGAGAGUUCGUACUGCAUGGGCCCGAGCCUACUGCAUCGCCCGAAGAAGGCCCGUACAUGAGCGGUGCAUUGCAGAAAGUCGAUCGCGAAAGCAAACUUUGAGGACCAACGUGUUCUGAACAGUGCACGGACAAUAGUUGAUCCCUGUACAAUUGGGGUGAAUGCGUUCGAGAGCUUUCUGGGACGAGGUGCAUGAUCUGGUUCCGAGUGUUCCUUUGCCGCGGGCCUUUGGGCUGAGGAUCAGCGUCUUGCAGCAUUCUCCUGCACGAGUGAAAACGUCUUUGGGUGACCUAUCGGCGAAUAUGUAAAAUUGCACGAAUCAAGUUGGUCACGAUACUACUGAUGCAUGACUUUUUGGAGGGGCUGCGCCGGAAAGGAGUCAGCAGAGUGUCGGGGUCUGGAGUAUUAUUCCAAUGUUAUUGUCAGGAUCUCGACGUCUACAGCCUAACUCUCUCUUUCUCGCCACAUUUCAUCGAAGAUUGAUCCAAGUACUGGAAACAUUCUGAUUGCUUAGCUCGGUUUUCCGCAAAUCUAUUGCUCUUGUUGUGAUGAGUCAAUGAAAAUUUCAUGUAUGGAGGGCGCCCAAGACGAUGGCAGUGUGUACAUAAGUUGUCUUUCCAGCCGUAAUAGGUUUACGUAAGCCCAAACUAAGAAAAGUGUUAACAUGCUAAUAUCCGCGAUUUGGGCUUUCCAGCUU